UUUCCCUCCAGCUCGUACGGAAUGAAGUUUUUCCUGCUCUCAUUCUAUAUUCCGAGCCAUGCGUGGUUUCCUGUGGAGAUCACCUGCAGUGGCUCAUCUUCCCUGUGCCAGUCUCCCCUGCAGGGGGGGGGGGAAUCCAGCUGACGAGGGUUCAGCUCCCCAUUGUCACAGCCGUUCCCUCCCCUGUGAUGGAAGCACCCAGACAGCAGCAGCAGGAGGAGGAGGAUACAACAAAGACAGCAGCAGUAGUACAGUAACAAUAGAAGCAGCACUGCCAGCAUCUAGGCUCACAAGUACGAGUCAAUAUGCAUGGCCUAUAGCCUGGCAGAGGAACUACUCACAAGCUGGAGCGCCAGGGGAAGUGUGGGAUAAGGUUUGCAAAUAUACACAAUGCUGAAGUGCAUAGGUUGUAAUGAAUGUAUAACAUGGCAUCAUCAGAAUCCCUGGAUCAAGACAUUCCAUUGUUCAGCCUUUCACCAUUCUGGGCUAGAUGCCUAGUAGGAUUUGUUUCUUUUGUGUGCUUUGUAAACAGUUAUAAUGGCAACUUUGUGUUUGAUGACUCGGAGGCCAUCAUCAAUAACAAGGACCUCCGAGAAGAUGCAUCGUUUCAGUGAUGUGUGGCUCCAAUGAUUUUUGGGGGUACUAAACUCAGCAGCAAUGCUAGUCAAUAAGUUUAUAGGCCACUCACAGUUUUAACAUUCAGGAUCAAUUACAAUUUGGCAGGAGGUCUGCCAGCUGGUUUUCAUGUGGUCAACAUACUACUACAUUGCAUAGUCGCUGUCCUGAUGCUUGAUGUUUUUUCACUGCUGUUUAGUAAUGGAGCUACCGACAAAGGCAAGAAAAUCCUGUGUGCUCCAAAAUCUGCGCUGCUAAGUGCUUUAUUGUUUGCAGUCCAUCCUGUACAUACAGAAUGUGUGUCUGGAGUUGUUGGCAGGGCAGACCUUCUGUGUGCAUUAUUUGUUGUUUUAUCAUUUCUUGGAUACUGCAAAGCACUACCAGGAUUUGAUAAACGAGAACAUACCUCUCCAUUUUGGGUCAUAUUUAGUGUUUUUCUUGGUGCAGUUGCUAUGUUGUGUAAAGAGCAAGGCAUAACUGUUUUGGGUUUGAAUGCUGUAUUUGAUGUCUUUGUAAUCUGCAAGUUAAACAUGCUGGAAUGUAUCCAGAAGGUACUGCACAGGGACAAAACCCCAGAGAAGUUUUCAUUUCUAAAAAAGGGAUUGUUUACAAGAAUCAGCCUCUUAGCCAUUGGGGGAAUGUGUACCCUUUAUAUACGCUGGCGUAUUAUGGGCACUGGACCACCAGCAUUCACUGAUGUUGACAACCCAGCAUCUUUUGCUGAUAGCCUAUUUGUAAGAGUAAUAAACUAUAAUUACUAUUAUUCCCUAAAUGGAUGGCUGCUACUGUGCCCCUGGUGGCUGUGCUUUGAUUGGUCAAUGGGCUGCAUACCUCUUAUUAAAUCUCUCAGUGAUUUUCGGAUAAUGGCACCAGCAGCACUUUGGUUCUGCUUGUUUGGCUUAAUGUACCAGGCUUUAUUCUCCAAUAAUGGCCAAACGAGAAGGAUUGUCACCAUGGGGCUGGGAUUUCUCGUCAUACCUUUUCUUCCUGCCAGUAAUUUAUUUUUCAGAGUCGGAUUUGCUGUUGCUGAACGGGUUCUUUAUCUGCCCAGUGUUGGUUACUGUAUGUUGCUCACUUAUGGCUGCAGUAGAGUCUGUAGACAAUAUAUUAAAAAGAAACUAGUGACUCUGACAGUAUUGGGACUUUUGGCCACCAACAUAAUACGCUGUGUACAGAGAAGUAACCAGUGGAAAUCUGAAGAACUUCUCUUUCAAAGUGCCCUUUUUGUUUGUCCACUGAAUGCUAAAGUGCACUACAAUGUAGGUAAAAAUUUAGCAGAUCGCGGCCAACAAACAGAAGCCAUUAAAUUCUACAGAGAGGCUGUAAGAUUAAAUCCAAAGUAUGUGCAUGCAAUGAACAAUCUUGGAAACAUUCUAAAAGAGAAAGAAGAACUCCAUGAGGCAGAGCAGCUGUUGUCACGAGCUGUCUCAAUCCAGCCUGAUUUUUCAGCUGCAUGGAUGAAUUUAGGCAUUGUGCAGAACAGCCUUAAACGGUUUGAAGAAGCUGAAAAAAGCUACUUAACUGCUAUCAAAUACAGAAAAAAAUAUCCAGACUGUUACUACAACCUGGGGCGGCUGUAUGCAGAUUUAAAUCGAAAUAUGGACGCAUUAAAUGCAUGGAGAAACGCCACCAUUCUUAAACCAAAUCACAGUUUGGCUUGGAAUAACAUGAUCAUACUGCUUGACAAUACAGGAAAUUUAGCUCAGGCAGAAGCUGUUGGAAGGGAAGCCUUUAAGCUGUUGCCACAUGACCACUCCAUCACAUUUUCUUUAGCCAAUGUGCUUGGAAAAGCAGAGAAAUACAAGGAGUCUGAAAGUUUGUUCCUUAAGGCUAUUGAAGCUAACCCCUCAUCUGCAAGUUAUCAUGGCAAUUUGGCUGUUCUUUACCAUCGCUGGGGACAUCUGGACCUGGCCAAAAAAUACUAUGAAAUUUCCAUGAAGCUUGACCCUUCUGCUCUGGGGACCAGAGAGAACUACAAUCUUCUAAAACGAAAGCUGGGACAGAGAGGCCAGAUGUGAAACACAAUCAAGAUAGGGGAGCAGGCCAGGAACACUACAGCCAUUGGCAGACACAUCUGGUAUUGAAAUGGUGUGUUUUUAUGGUUGUACUGAAAACUGCUUUUUUUGCUUUCUAUUUUGCAUUGAUGGCUUCUAGCCGGCCCAUAAUGGCUGUCAAACCAGGAUUUGUUUGGUAUUCUGCCCAAAAGUGUAGACUAUGAAAUAAAACCAUUGUUCUGAAAAGUAGCAUAGCUUGCUACACCCAUGGCACCAAUGAUGUAAACAAUUGUACUGUUAUUUAUUUUUUUAAAUGUUUGCCGCAUGUGUCUUUAAUGCAAGUCGUUUAUGCAGAUUGUUAUAAGGAAGCAACAUGCUUCACAUUAAAGUUGUGAAGGUUUUACUCUUACCUGACAUCUGAGUGUGCUGAACCUAAAAGUGGCAUUGUUUACUCAGACAACUGUUUUCUUCUUUUUUUUUUAUAUAUAUAUACAAUUUAUUACUUUGUUAAAUAAAGACUAGUAAAAGCCUGUUAUACCUUUUUAUGUAUCUGCAUACUUCUAGCAGUCCUUUAAUCCAGGGCAUUUUAUAGACAUAGCUGCAUAUACAGUAUGUUGUUUGUUUACCUUUUGAAAAUGUAUGAAUCUAAAUGUUCAUCAAUCUUGCCAUCUUUUUGUUGUGUUCUAGGCUGUUUCACUCUUCAUAGUAAAUGUAAACCACUUCUCUAGAAUUGUUACAUGUUCUGUUUUUCUUGCACCUUAGCAUUCCACAAUGUGUAAAUCUGUGAUAUGUCAUUUUGUUACUGAAGUGUGUCACUAUGUUUAGCAUAACUUUAGGCAUGUCCUAAUUCAUUAAAAUAGAUUUAUUGAUUUCUUAA